AUGAUAGAGCCUAAGCAAGAAACUAUUGAGGCAAUGUCAGAAUGUGGUAUAAGACCAAUGGAGUCUUUUAGAUAUAUGUCAACAGAAACUGAUGGAGAAGACGGUGUAGGUCAUACGAUGAUUGAUCAUCUAAACUACUGCUACAAGUUAAAAAAUAAGCAAAUUGAUGGCAAGGAUUCACAAACACUAGUGAACAAACUGUAUGACUUACAAUUAAUAGAUCCUGAGUUCUUUUUCAGAGUAAGACUCAAUGAUGAAGGAAAAGUUGAGUGCCUAUUUUGGAGGGAUUCAAUGAUGAGAGAAGAUUACAAAAUAUAUGGGGAUGUACUAGUUUUUGAUACUUCAUUAAGAAGAAAUAAGUACAGUCUCAUAUGUGCUCAAUUUGUUGGUAUUAAUAACCAUUGGAAAAACACAAUGUUUGCUUGUGCUUUCGUUGGGGAUGAAACAACUGAUUCUUUCGUUUGGGUGUUUGAAACUUUUCUGAAAGCUAUGGGAGGAAAGCACCCAAUAUCAAUCUUCACAGACCAAGAUGCAACUAUUGCUGCUGGAAUAGAACAGGUAUCACAGGUUUUUCCUUCUUCAAUACACAGGUUAUGCUUGUGGCACUUGAGUAAAAACGCAAACAGUAGAUUUGGUUUAUUGAAGUCUGAUAAAAACUUCAAAAACGCAUUCUACAAGUGUUUAAGUGGGUGUAUAACACCAAAUGAUUUUGAAGAAACUUGGAAGUCUAUGAUCAACACUUUUAAGCUGGAAAAGGAUGACUGGUUCAACAGAUUGUAUACUCUUAAAGAAAAAUGGUGUACAACUUUAAGUAAAUAUAUUUUUUUUUUUCCUGCCGAUAUACUUUCUUCACAAAGAAGAGAAAGUACAAACCAUGCUGUUGGAUUUAAAGUGAAUAAAAGUACUACAUUAACAGAGUUCUAUAGUAUUUUUCAAGUUACAAUAAAUCGAUGGAGAAAAACAGAAGAAAAGAACGAGUUUGACUGA